UGGAGGUGGGUGGGUAUGGAGCGAUACACAUCGCAACAGGUGCCACAUUUUAUGGCCUAAAGUAAACUCAUUUGCACUUGAAACCACAGCAGCAUGUCUGAAGCGGGCCACAGAGUAUCAGCACUGCGAAAUGUUGAUAUUAGCCAUCCGAGUUGGCUCAAAUCAACAGUUGACUUUGGGGUCAACUUCAAAACGGAACCUGCUCUCAAGCGUUUCGACUUCAAAGUAAAUAAACAUUGAAUUACAUUUCAGUGCCCCGCACUCAGCACAAAAACAGGAAAUAGACACAGACUGGAUGUGAUAUGGCCAAGUUGCUGUGCUGUUCUAUAUCGCCAGGCUUUGUGAUUGAGAUCAAUGUUGUAUUGAUUGGUCUGGGCAUUAUAUUUCUAGUCGAUCUUUACAAUCACAUCUACUUGCGGUCGAGCACACUCUCCGAGCUUGACAUGACCAUCGGCCUGCUGGGUUUGUCUGCACGCAUAUCUUGGAUACGAGGCAUCUGUCUAUUCGUCUAUCUACUGUUCGCCAUACUGGGCAUACGCAUGUCCAAGCAUCCGUCGAUCAUCAAGUUUGCCGGCUACAUGCUCGCUGGCUCCACCUUGCUGCUCUUUACGAUAUGCGUUGCCGUGUCGCGGUAUCUUUACAGUUCCAGUCUCAGAUACUAUACGAAUAUGAUGCUGCAUACCCUUUGGAUGAAGGCACAGAUAGAAAUGAUGGAGGAGCUAUUCGAUUGCUGUGGCAUCCAUGGAUCUAUUGAUUAUAUUAUUGCAAAUCGAACUUGGUCAAUGGCGGCCUGCUGUAACCUACCCGAUUGUGAUGGUUGUCAGGAUAUGUUUCAUGACUAUAUGAAAAAUAUUGAAAUGGAAAUUGCACGCGAUAAUUUUGCAUUGUUCUUAAUUAUAGCCAUUGCCUUGGCAUUAAUGAUUCUGUACUAUAAGUAUGCGCCAUUGACAGAAGAUCCCUACGUACCCGAGUAUAUGGAGGAGAAGGAUGAGUAACACAGGCCGUUACGCUUCAGGAAGCAGGAGGGCUUGAUACGCGCAAUAAAAUUUGAUCCGUAGCGAUAUUUAA